AUGCGGUUAGGAGAACCAUUGCCUGAUGAUAGUCAUGCAAUUUACAUACAAAAUAUCAAUCAAGUGCAUUUUGAUGUAGUGGAAGAUGUUUCUCAAGUGCUUGUUCAGAAUAUAACUGCAGCAAUAUCUGCACAGAAUUUCAAUCUUGGUAAACCUUCCAUUUUAAAGUCACAGGCAAGGAGGAACUUUAGCACAUGUAUGUCUACAUUAGAGGAAAGGCUUCUUUCGAAAAAUCUUAAACCUCUGGAU